CCGCGGCUCCCGCCAAUACACCGAAGGUUCCUGCCUGCCCAGAGAGCGAUACACACGCACCUACAUUCCGACUGGUCUCCUUCGCGAGCCAACUCACCUCCUUCGAAGCUGAUUUACGGCGACACGUUCUUUUACUUUGAUCGUACACCGCCAAAGCGACAAUCAUGUCAAGUCGCAAGAGGCGCGCCCCAGGCGCUUCACCAAUCAGUCAGCAGAACACAUAUCAAGGCCCUGGACCGGUCGCGAGCGAUCAUUUCAUGAAUUGGAGUGACUCUAAUACGGGUACCGGAAACAUGUCUGGAUUUGAUCCUGCUCUCUACGAGGGUAUGGAUUUUGCUGGCAACAUAAGCCAACCUCCAACACACAAUCGCGUGGUGUCAUUGGACGGCCUGGGCGGCAGCCCCGACAUGAGCUCAAAUCAACUAGUGCGACGGAACCCCAAUCAACAACUAGCAGCACGGGGACAGACUGCUUGGGAAACCUUUAAUCAAAACCAAUCAGGUGCAUGGGAGACUGCGGGCACAGACGACGACGAAGAGCUUGCACGCAAAGCUGAGGUAGCGAAGAAGGAUGCACAAGCUAAAAGGAAGCAAAUACCCCCAUUUGUUCAGAAGCUGAGCAGUUUCCUUGAGCAUAAUAAGAACACGAACCUGAUAUGUUGGUCUGACGACGGUAACUCGUUUGUUGUUCUGGAUGAAGAUGAAUUCGCCAAAACUCUGAUACCCGAACUCUUCAAGCACAACAACUAUGCGUCCUUCGUACGGCAGCUGAACAUGUAUGGAUUCCAUAAAAAAGUUGGUCUGUCAGACAACUCCAUGAAAGCGAGCGAGGCCAAGGCCAAGGCUCCAAGCGAAUACUACAACAAGUACUUCAAACGCGGUCGACCGGAGCUACUAUGGCUCAUCCAAAAGCCUAAGAACGCCCCGGCCGGACCGAAGCGGAAGAGGGACGAUGAGGCAAAACAAGGUGACAGCGACGAUGAUCGCAAAUUUGUGCCUGAUGGCGGAGGAGGCUUAUUCGAAGAUCUCGCUGUGAGAGCUAAUCAAGACAUGGCCAUGAUCCCGCGAUCUGAGUACAACAGUCUUCGAGCGGAAGUCCGGACUUUGCAACAACAGCAAAAGGUCAUCUCAAACGUGCUUGGUCAAAUUCGAAGGCAGAACGACCAGUUGUACCAGCAAGCCACAGCUUUCCAAACAUUGCAUGAUCGGCAUGAGAACUCUAUCAACGCCAUCCUCACUUUCCUUGCCACGUUCUACAAUCGCAGCCUGGAAGGUAACAGCAACGGAAUCGAUCUUUCUCAAAUGUUUGGACCAGCUGUUCCUGCCCAGUCGCAGCACGGCAAUGUGGUAGACGUCGGCGACUACACCGAGAAACCCAUUGCCAAAUCCCCACAAAUGCCUAGGACGAAGCGUACGCUCCUCCUCCCAGCUCCAGCCCCUAGAGAGGAUGAAGUAACUGGAAUCCGAGCUACGACACUCAGCCCAUCUGUCAAAGAAUCUACAACAACCCCGAUUCCUGAGACAACACCUCAGCCAUCGGUGACUCCAUCGGCUGCCCCCCAGCGUCGCCGUCCUACUCCUAUGGCCAAUUCUCAUACCAACCGAGAUGACACCCCUAGAUUGCCACUCAAAGUCGACACUGAUUCGCCGCCCCAGUCCACCAUUCCCUUGCUUGAGAACGAUGAAAUCAUGUCAGCAAUACAAAAUGUCAAUGCCAGCACAGGGCAGUACAGUCGAUCUCCACAAGUUGAUUUACCGGCGGCGCUGAAUAACUACCAAACGCAAGAUGGUAACACACCCUUGACAGCACAACAGCGGAAUGACGUUCUCUCUUUGAUGGCCAACAAUACGUCGGCUGCGUCACCCAACAGUGCCAUUGCUACAAAUACCAAUAACGCGCUUGUGAAUCCUCAACCCCCACCAAUGCCAGAUCUUAGUCAUUUCGCCGCAACACAGUCUCAACUAGAUAUUCUGCAACACAUGUCGGAACAACAGAAUUCGCGAGUGCAAAGUCUACAAGAGCGGCUGCAACCCCUCAGUCCUAGCGGCCAGAUACCCGGUCUAGAAGAAAACUCGUACUUCGGAAACGCUGUGCUUGGUGAUCCCGGAACGUACGACUUGGACGCCGACCUUUUCACGCAAGGCGAUGACUUCUUUCCUCCGGGCAAUGUAUCUGGCGAUGCUUCCUUGCCUGAUCUUGGUUACCAACUUGCUGAUCCUGCUCCGGGUGUCGAUUUGGGCAACGGCGAUGUUGACUUCGAUUUCGGUGAUGCGAACCACCUCAGUGCCAACGUUACGGAUAACCGCGUGGAGAGUGUGAGUUCCUCUGCCACCAGCCCAGCGGCCACAGUGGAAGAAGUGGAGGAUGAGACUCGUAUGAAGCGCAGCCCAAAGAGAAGGAAAGCGUGA